UUAAAAUAUACACAUUAUUUUAUAACUUAAAUAUCAAUUAUCAUAACAACAUACAGGCAUAAUAAAAAAAUGAAAGACGAUCCGGAUACCAAUGUACAAUUUGUACAAACUGUGGAAAUGUUUCCUUGUUUGUAUGACUACACAACAAAUGAAUAUUCUAAUAGAAAUGCACAAGAUAAGGCUUGGGGAGAAAUUGGAAAAAAAUUUGACGCCAACAUGACUGAAUGUAAAGAACGAUGGAAAAAUUUGAGAGCUUGCUUCACAAGGCAUUUAAAAGCCAAACCUCCGUCGGGAUCAGCUGCCAAGUUCAAAAAACCAUAUUAUUUGGCAGAGUUUUUAAAUUUUCUUGAACCUUUUACGAAAUCACGAAAACAGUCAGGUAAUAUGCCAGUUAUACAGCCCCCAAAUAAUGAAUGUAGUGAGCAAAACGAAAGUAUUGGUAAUAUUUCCGAAAGUGAAGAAGACAACAUUGACAAUAAUCCAAUUGAAGAUAACCCAAAUGAUUCAAAUUCAAGUUUCGCUGAACCAAAUACACAACAAUGGAUCUCUAGUACCAAAAGUUCAUCUUUUCAGAAAAAACAACGUUCAGUAGGACUAGAAGAAGUAAAUAAGGCAGCUUUAGAUUUUUUCGCAAAAAAAAAGAAGUCAGAUCAUCCUGUAGAAGAUGUGGAUUUAUGUUUCUUUAAAAGUUUAUUACCGGAUAUGAAACUUAUGAAUCCUGAACAAAAAAGGCGUUUUAAAGUUGGAGUGUUAAGUUUAAUUGGAAACAUACUUGAUGAACGUAAUGAAACUAUUCCUAUACGGACUGAGGAAAAUCUUUACCACGCUGGAUAUAAUAGAGAAUAUCAGAACAUGGAAAAUAAUAUUAUUUACUCUACAACUCCAACAAGUUUAUCUUCUCCUUCAACAUCAAUGCCCAUAUCGGCUCCACUGGAUUUAGUACAGCAGUCUACUGGUCUACAGUUGAAUCAAAACAACUCUCAAAAUUGGUCGUAUAAUAAAUGAAUAAUUAUUACACAAAAUACCAAUGAAUACUUAAAUAUUUUAUGUUAUUGUUAUUUUAAAACAAUAUUUUUUAU